ACCAGUCCAUCGACAGGUAUGGCGUCGUCCACCACCGCAUCAACUCCUUUGACGGAAGGCGAAUUCCUCUUGCGCUUCUGGGAUGCCCAUGGAGCCACCUUCAUGAAAUGGUUCUUGGGUCUGCCCUACGCCGGUCAGCUCUCUAUGCUGCGAAAUGCAUCGCCAGAUUUGCCCUUGUCACCGCCGACGAGUGAAAUGAAGGCGACCGAUUUUUUGGCGCCAGAGCUCACGUUGUCGACGUUGCUUGCGGACGAAGGAAAACCGCUGGUCCGGCUUCUAUGUAAUCGUGCUCGACUCGACUGCGCGGCGGAGGAUUUGGCGUACUUGAAGGCCCUUCGGGCGAAGAAUCGCAUGCCAACGUUUUCCGGAAACACCUUUGAUACCGUCGCGCUGGCGUUUAUCGACCCAAAGGACCCUGAGCAGCAAAUCCAGUCGCUUCUUCCGUCCGUGUCUAUCAAUGUUCUCGACGAAAUCAAGGCCAAGAUUGACCAAAACGUGCUCAUCGAAGCCGACGUGUGGCUGACGCUGCAAAUGCGACAGCAGAUGAUCCUCACGUUUUUGGCCAACAUUGCGCGCACGUUCGAGCAAAUAUUCUUCCAGCCAUUGCAACCUCCCGUGGAAGCCAAAUUGGGUUGCCGCACUUGCGGCGCCAGCACCCAGCCGGUCGACGCGAAGCCCCUCUUCAAGUGUCCUUGUGACGCGGCGCUGUAUUGCACCAAAGAGCACCAAACCGCCGACUGGCCGCAGCACAAAGCUGCAUGCAAACUCAUUCGCCAGCGACGAACGGAACUCGAGAGUGCCGAGAUCCAUGUGUAAGAUGUACAAUACGACCUUUCCUUUCAACAGUUUCGGCGAUCCAUCGCGCCCGAUCGAGUCUGCAGGGGCGAUGCCGACGCGCUGAAGUAUUUGACGAGGAUUUAUCAAGCCCCGCGCAGUGAUUUGCCACGCAAGAGGUCGACAGCACAAUCGAAAAAUUCUUCCUUGAUACACACGGCGGCAUGAUUCCUGCUCUGAACCUGCUGGCUCGCGCCUUGAUUCGCAAACUCGCUGCAUCCUAUGCGCUGCUGCAUGCCGACGUGGCAGAGAGCGGCUUCGCGAGCACCCUCGCGACCAUCCAUUUAGCUUGCCCACCGCGAAAGAGGUUCAAGUAGAACCUGCCUUACUGCAAGUCAU